CAUUCGCAGGCAAACUGUAUAAACACCUCCUUCCACUUGGCGGGCCUGUGUCUUCCAAUUCCCCCAAUCUCUUCGCUUUCUCUGUCUCCCUUUUUCUCCUUUUAAACUGAAAAAAAAAAAAAUCUCUCUCUUUGUCUUCCUCUCUCCUCAAUCCUCAGUACAAAGCUCAUUGCUUUUUUGGCUCAGUUUCCACUCUCAAGAUCAAAAUUUGAGAUCCUGGGGCCUCUCUGUUUCCCUGUUCCAAGCUCGAGAUAUGUUAUAGUGCAAGUACGAGAAUUGCCGAACUUGGGUACGAGAAUUGCUGAACUCGGGUUUGAAUGCUUCAAUCUGAGAUUCUGAACUGAAGAUUUUGUCGUGCUUUACUCCUCAACAACUGGGUAUCUGCUGCUCGGUUCGAUCUCCGAUGGAAAUAGACACGGCUUCCAUCGUGACUGGACUGGGAAUGUUCUCAUCAUCUGAUCACACUUCGGUGAUCGUCUCGCUGAACCUCUUCGUGGCCCUCUUAUGCACGUGCAUCGUGGUGGGCCACUACCUGGAGGAGAAUCGGUGGAUGAACGAAUCAAUCACGGCUCUCGCCAUCGGCCUGUGUACUGGGAUCAUCAUAUUACUAACUACUAAGGGAAAGAGUUCACAUCUCAUGGUGUUCAGCGAGGAUCUCUUUUUCAUCUAUCUUCUCCCACCGAUUAUAUUCAACGCCGGAUUCCAAGUGAAAAAGAAACAAUUUUUUCGAAACUUCAUGACUAUCAUGCUCUUUGGUGCAGUAGGGACACUGAUAUCAUUCGCCAUCAUAUCCUUCGGUGCUAUACACAUUUUCAAGAAAAUGAGAAUUGGUUCCCUUGAGAUCGGAGAUUACUUAGCAAUCGGAGCGAUAUUCUCUGCAACAGAUUCUGUAUGCACCUUACAGGUUCUUAAUCAGGACGAGACUCCUCUGUUAUACAGUCUGGUUUUUGGGGAAGGAGUCGUGAACGAUGCUACCUCUGUGGUUCUCUUCAAUGCUAUCCAGAGCUUUGACCUUUCCCACAUCAACUCGAGCAUAGCCUUGCAGUUCAUCGGCAACUUCUUGAACUUAUUCAUCUCGAGCACGAUGCUGGGCAUUUUGGCUGGACUGCUGAGUGCCUAUAUUAUCAAGAAACUCUACUUUGGCAGGCACUCGACAGAUCGAGAGGUUGCUCUCAUGAUCUUAAUGGCUUACCUCUCUUAUAUGCUUGCAGAACUCUUCUACUUGAGUGCCAUACUCACGGUGUUUUUCUGCGGGAUCGUCAUGUCGCACUACACAUGGCACAACGUAACCGAGAGCUCAAGAGUGACAACAAAGCAUGCCUUUGCCACUCUAUCAUUUGUCGCCGAGAUCUUCAUCUUCCUUUAUGUCGGGAUGGAUGCAUUAGAUAUCGAGAAGUGGGGAGUAGUCAGCAAUAGUCCCGGGAAAUCUAUCGGAGUGAGCUCAAUAAUUCUGGGACUGGUUCUUGUUGGACGAGCAGCUUUUGUGUUUCCCCUGUCUGUUUUAUCCAACUUGACUAAGAAGUCAAAGGAUGAGCAAAUCGACUUCAAGCAACAAAUCACCAUAUGGUGGGCGGGUCUUAUGCGUGGAGCUGUGUCCAUGGCACUCGCUUAUAACCAGUUUAGUCGAUCCGACACGAAAUUGCGCGGGAAUGCUUUCAUGAUCACAAGCACUAUCACAGUGGUUCUGUUUAGUACUGUGGUCUUCGGGCUGCUGACGAAACCGCUGGUGAGGAUACUCCUUCCUUCAUCAAAGCACCUAAACGGCAUGGCCACCUCUGAGCCAUCCAGUCCCAAAUCCUUCACCUUGCCGCUUCUAGACAAGGACCCAGAGACCGAUCAAAAUGACAGUAAAUCAAUAGUGCGCCGGCCGACCAGCCUACGCAUGCUCCUGAGCACUCCCUCCCACACAGUUCACCACUAUUGGCGGAGGUUUGAUGACGCUUUCAUGAGGCCGGUCUUCGGGGGUAGAGGUUUCGUGCCUUACAUACCGAUCUCUCCCUCCGAUCAGAAUGACAACCAAUGGCACUAACCGGAUAUUGAACGUAUAGAAUCUGCUUUUCUACUCACUAAUAUAAUGUUUGUAAAUAGGCCGCGGAAUCGGCUUUCUGUGUGUGAGUUGUGAAUCUCGAAGAGCGAUUUUACUGAGUAGAUACGUUGACAGAAAAUGUGCUUAGGAUAGAGGUUUUGGCUUUUGGGGGGUGUUCCUGGUCCCAAGAAAUGGGACACAGGCAUACAGUACAGCUAACCGGUUCCCGAUUGGGUGGGGAAAUGAGGUACAGUCGAGUCGAGUAGAGUCGAGCUGAGCUGGAUCUCUGGCAGCAGCCCUAUAUUUGUUCGUGGCUGCUCCGAGUUUUGUCACGGGUUUGAUUCCCAAUAUUCCGUUUCUCAUACGAUUUCCUGUAUCAAACAUAUGAUGGGCUUGUAAUCUUCCCUUUCUUGAUAUGAGUAGAGGUUUCCUGAUAUUUGGAUACCUCCUAUUAUAAUUUUUUCCAAA